AUGAGCAGCAGCGAGGCAGCGGCCGUGGCGACGGCCACGACCGGCGUAGUUAAGGAGGAGAGGAAGUCAGCAGUUGUGGAAGCGAGUGCGCGAUCCGGCGACAGGGAGGCCAAUGGGGCGAUCGGCGACGUCAACCGACCAGGCGACGUCAAGCGACCAGGCGACGACGCUGUGGCACCACUGGAUGACGACGUGGUGGAGCAGGCGAAAGAGAGCGACGAUCGCGAACCGACACCGCCUGAUACGGACGACGCAGUUGAAGAUGAUCCGAUAGUGCCCGACCCGUUAAUCACAACGGACAUGCUGGCGGAGCAGCGGCAGCUGGAAGCGGAGCGGAGGCAGCGGGAGGAGCAGCAGGACGCGGAGAGCGAGGAGCGCAUGAGGCGCGAGGGCGUGGAGUCGGCAGCUCUCACGAAGCUGGACGUGCUUCUGGAGAAGACGAAGCUGUUCUCGGAGUCGCUGCUGCAGCAGAUGGACGACAUCACUCUGCUGCCUGUCCCUACACCCCCGCCACAAGCAGACUCCAAGGGCGAGGGGGGAAAGAAGCGCAAGCGAGGCGGCACGGGCAAAGGGAGAGGGCGAAAAAAAAAAAGCAAGACCGACGCGCCAGAGGAAACUCUUCAAGAGAAGAUCUCAGCCGCUCCUUCGGCAGCAAUCAACGGCAGCGGCGAUGCCGGCAGUGGCGCAGCAACCACCAAGGAGGAGGAAGAAGCCGCGUUGCUCCGAGAGCAGCGGGAAAUCGCACCGAACCUCACAGGAUGCACGCUCAAGUGGUAUCAGAUCAAGGGCGUGAAGUGGCUGAUUUCGCUCUGGCAGAACGGGCUGAACGGCAUCCUGGCGGAUCAGAUGGGGCUGGGGAAGACGGUGCAGACCAUCGCGUUUCUGGCGCAUCUCAUGAGCCAUGGGAUCUUCGGGCCGUUUCUUGUGGUGGCGCCGCUGUCGACGCUGUCUAACUGGGUCAACGAGGUCAAGAGGUUUGUGCCUACAGCGAAUGUGCUUCUAUACCACGGAAGCAAGGACGUGCGGACAGAGCUCCGGGAGAAGCACAUGCCCAAGCAGCCCCCCUCCCCGAUUCCUGCCCCCAUCUCCGUCCCCACCCCUCUCCUCAUCCCCCUCUUCACCCCCCUUUCCAUCUCCCUCCCCAACCCCCCCCUCAUCCGGUUCCCCAACCCCCUCCCCACGUCCCCGCGGCUAGGUGUGUGGGGCGUGGGCAUGGGUAUGGGUAUGGGCGUGGGUAUGGGCAUGGGCGUGGGUAUGGGUAUGGGCGUGGGUAUGGGCAUGGGCGUGGGUAUGGGCAUGGGCGUGGGUAUGGGUAUGGGCGUGGGUAUGGGCAUGGGCGUGGGUAUGGGUAUGGGCGUGGGUAUGGGCAUGGGCGUGGGUAUGGGCAUGGGCGUGGGUAUGGGCAUGGGCGUGGGCAUGGGCAUGGGCGUGGGCAUGGGCAUGGUAGUAGGGCCACCGCCUGAAGAACAUGCACUGCCAGCUGGUUCUCUUCGCAUGCGCCCCAAACCUUCCUUUAAACCGCUCCACCCCUCUUUUACCCCACCCUUCUCCUUCUCCAACCCACCGUCCCAUCAGGGCCACCGGCUGAAGAACAUGCACUGCCGGCUGAUUCGGGAGCUGAGGCACCGGCCAGCAGAGAACACGCUGCUGCUGUCAGGCACGCCCCUUCUCCUUUCCCCAUCCACCCUCUCUCCCGCCAGGGCCACCGCUUGA